GUCUCCGGCUAGCAGUAGUGAAGUUUCCGGUUGCAGAAGAAGUUGUCCCUCCCGAAGAACUAGAAGGGAGACAGACAGAGAGUGCCAAACGGCGUCGAUUUUCGUUGUGAGGCCAAGACCAAGUGACAAGUGACCAUCGGCCAGUAAAACCCACGAGCCUGUGUGUUUUUGUCUGUGUGUGUGAUUCUUCCAACUUCUCGCUCCAAACUAUCGAAACCAAUCUGCGCAAACAUGUUCAGCCAGCACAGGCAUCAAUGGACGAACCUGGUCAACCUGAUUGUGCUGCUGGUUUUUAGCAGCGUAAUCAACCACAUCUGGGCGGCAGCAGAAGAACCCUCGUUGGCAGCGGAACAGCACCAGCAGCAGCACGAAUCGACGCCACAGCACAGUCUCCAGAAGCGCACGUGGAAAAACCUGCAGGGUGGCUGGGGAAAACGGAAUCCGGCACCGAACGAUCCGUCGUCGGAAUCGGAUCCGGACUAUUACGGGUCUUACCCGGUUGGUGGUCACGGAGGGGAAGAGAAUCCCAUCGGAGAUGACAUUCCCGGCAACGACUUGGAAAAACUGCAAACAUAUUUGAUUAAGGGACUGAUGAACCAGCAACGGAUGGCUCAAAUGGACACUCAGUACGACGGACCGGACGAGGAAUAUCCCGGAGCGGAAAAGCGAGCCUGGAAUAAAAUGCAGGGCGGUUGGGGUAAACGGGUCAACUCAGGACCUGCUCAAUGGAAUAAGUUUAGAGGAGCAUGGGGCAAACGCGAACCGGGCUGGAACAACCUGAAGGGACUGUGGGGCAAACGGUCCGAAAAGUGGAACAAACUGUCAUCGUCCUGGGGUAAACGUGAUAGCGGCAAUAGCAAUAGUUACUAAACACACUUCCCACACACCAGAGAAGACACAACAGAAUUUAAGGAAAACAGCAGCUCACUGAUUUUGUAUAUAUAAUCACACAAUGUGUAAAAGUUCUACUGUUUGUUAUAGCAUAAGUUGUUUUCGAUAUCAUGAUUUUUAUAAAUACUCAUAAAACAAACAUAAAACGCCAAUAAAUGGCAUAGUAAAGAAAGUAAGGAACGAAAUGCGUGAAGAGCUAACCAUCCAAAUUAAUAUUAAUUGGUAAACUUAUCGGCAGCGAACAUAAUUUACUUAAGUUUUAUGUUGCAACAAAAUCAUAUUACCUAUUAGCAGAGGUGGAAAAUAUACGAAAAAUGAACAAGAUAUUCCAAACUAACAACAGCGUGUAACAUAAUGGAUGUAUGUUUUAUGUAAGAAUAUUCUCUCAUGUGUUACUGAAAAAAAAACAGCAUGUAACCCACACUACCGUCAGUAUGAAUCAGCAAUACCGGCGAGGAAAUCAUGACAUAAAGACAGCAUAAUAAAACUAGCGUUUACAUUUA